GCUGCUUAUUAUAAAAAGUGUUUGAAACAGUAAAAUAAAUAGUAACUUUGGCUUUCAGUAAGAAUAUAGAGAUUGCUCCUCCACUUCAAAAAUGGGUUAGUCCUGUAAUAAACUGAACUAUUUUUAAAGCCCUUUAGAUAGACAAAGGCUUUUACUUAUGACUAACGGACAUAACAAUCAUAAAAUAGAAAAUUAAUUAAUUUAUCUGAAAAAUGUAACAAAGUAUUGGGGUGAUAUUACAACAAUUAAUAGAAUAAGAAUCUGCUCAAAUUCUCAAUAGCACAUUUUCGAUAGCUUCCUUUUGCAGUAGUACUUGAUUAGUCUGCAGAAAAAAAAAUAGUUCAAGGAGGGGUAUAAGGCCACCAUGGUUGCAUGGAACACAGGUCCUGAUAUAAGUCUGGCCCCCAGGAACAAACAUAGCUUUGCCAAUUUUUACAUACUGAUUUAUGCAAGUUUAAACAAAUGUAAUUAAAAAAAAUGAAGGAACUCAUGUAAAUUAAACAUUAACACUUUCCUUUUUCACUCUCCUUGGUGCAGUUCAAGCUCAGGGCAAUGAGCAACAAUCACAAUCGAACUAUGACUCUCCAUCAUUCCUGCAGCGACAAAAUAGUAAGUACUUUUAUGCUGACAUAUUUCUAAUAUUUUAUCCCAAGUUAAACUGAUAAAAAUCCAGAUUCAUUGGUCCAGAAUGGCUUAAACCCACUUUCCCCUUACAAAUAAAUGAGCAAAGAAAUAAAUAAAUCAAAUAGAGAGAGAGAAAAAAAUCUGUCUACAAUAUAUCCAAGUCCCAGCAGUUCCUGGGAGAACUAACUUCUUUUGAGAUCUAGCCCUGUAGAUCUGGUCAACUGACGUGAUACAGUUAUCUAAUCUUUAACUUCAUGAAAGGUACAUACUUUCUAUCAAAAAGUGUAUUUUCAGAAGGGGGUGUGUAUACAUACAUAUCACCAAGGUAUUUGAUAGAAGGCAAUAAAAGAUACAUUUUUUAUGCUGUGUCAAUAUGAUCGCAUCACUCACAAGUGAGAAUAACAGAACUGUAACUGCCUUAAAGAUUAGAAUGAUUAAGCACUAAAUCAUCAUGUAUGCAAAACAGUUUUAUGACACAUACUGGAACACAGUGACAAUAUACAGCAAAACAAGUGUGAAAAGAUGAAAUACCAAUUGGUGUAUUGAUGAUGACAUGUUGCAGUAAUUAACCACUUAGCCUGCACUGCUAUUGGCAAUUUCUGAUGUCACUAUCUGGGAAUUUUAAAAAAAUGUACUAAACACAAACUGGAAGUAUAUUUCAAAUUAUUUCAUAAGAGUGCAUUCAGUUAUUGGAAUAGAUUAUCAAAUAAGGUAGUAUAUGUUCUUUCCCUUAAAAUCCUUAUAUCAGGACUUAACCAAACUACAUUUCUAAAAUUAUGGAUUUGUCUUAUUGUUGUUUUAGUCUAAACACAUAAGUCAGUUGCUAAUAUUCCACAGCCUACAAUUUGAAAGUCGUCAUGUUCUACAAUUUUAUACUGUCAAGGGAGAAACUGCAGCAAAUCCUCAAACUCUGAUGUAAAGAAAAUAUAUAGUAAAUUCUCUAAGUAUUCUAUCCCCUUCAUAGCUGGAGCUAUAGAGAAAACAUUGGAUUUGGACAUAGAAAAUUUAAGGCAGGAUCCUAUGAACAGAAGUCUUUGCAUGAAGAGCAAAUGAUUAAAGCUUUACAGAAUUUAAACAGCUUUUCUUUUAGGGAAAGCAAAUAAAAAAACCUGCUCACAGCUGGUUAUGCAAAGUUCCAUCCUCACCAGAGAGAAAGAGACUAGGUUCAGAAAAAAAUAGCUGUUGCUUUUCAUCCUCUACGGUCCUUCAGUAGCCUUCUGCUUCUAAGUGUACUGACAGACAAAGGCUCAGAUCUAAGGAUUACAUUGCUGCUUUUGAGCUCAGAUUAGCAAGGCCAGCGUCAGUCUUGAAUAAAUAAUGGCAAUAAUAACUAUAGCCAAAGAGCACUGUCUUUGAGAUUUGGAUGCUAGUGAAACACAUGGAAAGACAGAAUACAGAGCACUGCAUGAAAAGCAACAAUAAAACCUUGUGGAAAUUCUCACUACAAUGUAACUAGUACCAGGAAACGUUAUAUCACUAAAGAAACUUAAGCAAUCUCUAGCCAUUUUUCAGAAUUUCUCAUGAGAUUAAACAUGACUUUUUAUUUUGUCCUAGAUCUUUCACCAGUUUCCAAAUCCCAUGGAGUGACGAUCAUCCCACCUCUUCAAAACACAUUAAAAGUAAAGGGUGAGUGCAAGAGAUGUCAUGGCUCAGAUAUGCAUACAUUUUUACCACACAAAACCUGAAUUGAACUAACAAAUUCAAAAAUUGUAUAAGAUCCUUCAGCCUCAUAAAAUAAAAAACAAACUAGAAAAAUAAUCAAUUAAUCACAUAAUAGGGAUAAUCUACAAACAGCAUGACCUCUAGCCUAUAUUUUAUUAAUACGAUGAAACUGGGGAAAAAUAUUAUAUAUGAAAUACUAGGAUAAAUCACACACACUAUUUCCAGUAAGGUAUGUUAAAUGUGUUCAAAACACUGGUGAGAUAUCUCACCAAAGGAACUAAAUGGAGGGUAUCUACAGAAAAUUGCAGAAAAUUCUGAUGGCUCAUUUUCAAUCCGCAGCUGGCAACCCCUCUCACAAUGGCCGUGUAUGCAGUACCUGGGGUAACUUCCAUUUCAAGAACUUUGAUGGGGACAUCUUUUACUUCCCUGGGGUCUGCAAUUACAUCUUUGCAUCCAACUGCAAAUCUCCCUAUGAGGACUUCAAUAUCCAGAUUAGGCGCACCAUUGUGGAAAAUGCUACUGUGAUCACUCACGUCAUCAUGAGGCUGGAAGGAGCAGUGGUUGAAUUGAACCGCACCUCUGUCCUGGUCAAUGGCAAACAGAUUCAGAUGCCCUACAGCCAUAUGGGAAUCUUGAUAGAGAGGAGCAACAACUAUUUGAAAGUUUCUGCUAAGUUAGGACUGACCUUCCUCUGGAAUGAAGAGGAUGCCCUUCUGGUGGAACUAGAUAAGAAAUAUGCCAACCAAACUUGUGGACUCUGUGGGGACUUCAAUGGAAUUCCAACUAACAACGAGUUUAUUUCACAGAAUGCAAAACUGACUGCUGUACAGUUUGGGAAUAGGCAGAAGAUAGAUGGACCCACAGAGCAGUGUGAUGAUCCUAUUCCUUCUGCUGUUCUGAUGAACUGCUCAUCUGAAUUUGCUUCUAUCUGCAAGACAGUAUUAACCAGUGAAGCAUUCACAAGCUGUAAUGCACUUGUGGAUGUUCAGGACUACAUUGAAACUUGCAUACAAGACCUAUGCCACUGUGAUACUUCUAUGGCUGACUUCUGCAUGUGCAACACCUUUGCUGAAUACUCCCGGCAGUGUGCUCAUGCAGGUGGACAGCCUCUGAACUGGAGAACCUCCGAAUUAUGUCCCAAGUCAUGUCCUUUCAACAUGCAACAUCAGGAGUGUGGCUCCCCCUGCUCCGACACCUGCAGCAAUCCUGAACGAUCUGCACUUUGUGAAGAUCAUUGUACAGAUGGCUGCACCUGUCCUCCAGGAAUGUUAUUUGAUGACAUUAAUGGUGCUGGUUGUAUUCCCCGUAAGGAAUGCCACUGUACCUAUGAAGGCGAAACUUAUGCUCCUGGUACCUCCUUCUCAUCUAAAUGCAGAUCAUGUACUUGUGCUGGGGGUGAAUGGACUUGCGUCACCCAGUCAUGUCCAGGGACUUGCAGCAUCGAAGGAGGCUCCCACAUUACAACAUUUGAUGAAAAAUAUUAUUCCUUCUAUGGAGAUUGUAGCUACGUCCUAACCAAGCUCUGUGACAGCAAUGAUUUCACUGUUCUGGGUGACAUCCACAAGUGUGGUCUCACUGAUACUGAGACUUGCCUCAAGGGCGUAGCCAUCAGUCUAAGCGGAGGACAAACUAACAUUGUGAUCCAGCCUUCUGGCAGUGUAUUUGUGAAUAUGAUCUACACACAGCUGCCCUUCUCUGCAGCAAAUGUCACCAUCUUCAGACCAUCAUCAUUUUUCAUCAUUUUACAAACAACUUUCGGUCUUCAGCUGCAGAUUCAAAUUGUACCUCUCAUGCAACUUUUUAUAAACUUAGAUCCAUCACAGAAAGGGCAGACCUGUGGUCUCUGUGGAAACUUCAAUGACAUCCAGACAGAUGACUUCAAAACCACAAGUGGUGUAAUAGAGGGUACUUCAGCAGCCUUUGGCAAUACUUGGAAAACUCAGGCUGAUUGUCCUGAUGCCAAAAUUACCUUUGAGAACCCUUGCACUCUCAGCAUAGAAAAUGAUAAGUAUGCUCAGCACUGGUGUGGCUUGCUCUCUGAUACCAUGGGUCCUUUCGCUGAAUGUCACUCAACAGUGAAUCCAGAAGUUUACCAGAAGAACUGUAUGUUUGAUACAUGUAACUGUGAGAGUACUGAGGACUGCAUGUGUGCUGCCCUUUCCAGCUAUGUCAGAGCCUGUGCUGCUAAAGGAAUACUUCUCAAUGGAUGGAGGAACAAAGUCUGCACAAAAUACACCAACACGUGUCCAAAAUCCUUGGAGUACACUUACAAUGUUGAUUCCUGUCAACCUACUUGUCGUUCUCUGAGUGAGCCUGAUGUCACAUGCAACAUCAAGUUUGUCCCAGUUGAUGGCUGCACCUGUGUAAAUGGAACCUACAUGGAUGAAAGUGGCAAAUGCGUGCCUGCUUCUAGCUGUCCUUGUUACUACAAAGGAAUGCCUCUGUCUACUGGGGAAGUUAUUCAUGAUAAUGGCAUUGUCUGCACUUGCAGUUAUGGAAAGCUGAGCUGCAUUGGAGAGAAACCACCACCAGUCUGUGCACCUCCCAUGGUCUAUGUUGACUGUGGCAACGCCACUGCAGGUGUCACAGGAGCAGAGUGCCAGAAGAGUUGUCAGACUUUAGACAUGGAAUGUUACAAAACCCACUGUGUCUCUGGCUGCAUAUGUCCUCCUAAUUAUGUAUCAGAUGGCAAAGGCGGCUGCAUAACUGCUGAAGAGUGCCCUUGUGUUCACAAUGGGGAUUCCUACAGUCCAGGAGAAUCAAUCAGAGUUGGCUGUAACAACUGCACGUGUAGAAACAGAAAGUGGCACUGCUCUGAGGAACCCUGCCUAGAAACCUGUUCAGUUUACGGAGAUGGGCAUUACACCACCUUUGAUGGCAAACGCUUUGAUUUUGAAGGAGACUGUGAAUAUGUUCUAAUCCAGAACUACUGUGGCAGAAAAGGUUUGAAUCAGGGAACCUUCAGAGUCAUCACUGAGAACAUUCCAUGUGGCACAACAGGAACCACCUGCUCCAAGUCUAUUAAAGUUUUCUUGGGGAACUAUGAGCUGGUACUCAGUGAUGGACAUUCAGAUGUCAUCCAGAGGUCACCUGGAGGAGAAAUGCCAUUCCAAAUCCGUUCCAUGGGCAUCUACAUGGUUGUUGACACUACUGUUGGUCUGAUACUCAUGUGGGACAAGAAAACCAGUAUAUUCAUCAAACUUAGUCCCAGCUUUCAGGGACAUGUCUGUGGCCUUUGUGGAAACUAUGAUGGCAAUGGAAACAAUGACUUCACUACGCGCAGUCAGUCUGUGGUAGGCAAUGUGCUGGAGUUUGCCAAUAGCUGGAAAGUGUCUUCUACUUGCCCAAAUGCCAAUCAAACCAAAGAUCCAUGCACUGCAAACCCAUACAGGAAAUCCUGGGCACAGAAGCAAUGCAGCAUCAUUACCAGUGAAGUAUUUGCGAAGUGUCACUCCCAGGUUGAACCAAAUGAAUAUUAUCAAGCAUGUGUGGAUGAUGCUUGUGCUUGUGACACUGGAGGAGACUGUGAAUGUUUCUGUACAGCAGUAGCUGCCUAUGCUCAAGCUUGCAAUGAGCUGGACAUCUGCAUUUCAUGGAGAACCCCAUCCAUUUGUCCUCUGUUCUGCGAUUACUACAAUCCACAGGGGGAAUGUGAGUGGCACUACAAGCCCUGUGGAGCCCCUUGUAUGAAGACCUGUAAUAAUCCAAGUGGGAAGUGUCUUCACGAGUUGAGAGGUUUGGAAGGCUGUUAUCCACACUGCCCAAAAAAUAAGCCCUAUUUUGACGAAGAAACCAUGGCUUGUGUUUCUAAUUGUGGUUGCUAUGAGAAUGGAAAACAUUACAAGCCAGGAAUGCAGAUGCCUUCAAAGCAGAACUGCCAAGCAUGGUAGGAUUAAUAUAGAUUUUUCAAUGUCGAGCCUAAAGUUGCAGAACUUAAUUCAUCAUGCAUUUGGUUUUUUGUUUGCUAGCAAAAGCUAGGCCAAUUAGGCUGCUGAAUAAUGUCUAAUUUUCUUCUGUUCCU